AUGAGCGGCGUGUUUGCUCUACCCUCUUUCAUUGAUCGGUUCGACCUCGCCAGCCGUGAUGCGGGCGCUAUUCAGGCGCACAUGAUAAAUACUUUUCAAGGAGGAGCCUUCUUCGGCGUCCCUAUCAUCUACUACUUCAACGAGCGGUACGGCCGGCGUCUCGCUCUCAUCACCGCAGCCGCCAUCUUCAACGUCGGCGUCGUGCUGCAAAUGGCGGGCGGCGGAAACCUGCCCAUGUUUUACGUGGGACGGAUCAUAAGCGGUAUUGGCGUUGGUGGUACUACUUUUGCCGUGCCGCAGUAUCUGGCUGAAUGCGCUCCUCCUGCCGCACGUGGAGGUAUCGUUGGAUGCUUUGAAAUUGGUGUCCAAAUCGGAACCAUUAUUGGAUUCUGGAUCAACUUUGGUGUACAGCAAAACGUAAGUACCUCAACCAACCUGUCUACAGUCCCAGACUGUUAUAUUUCCAAUUCCUCGUAUGUAUAA